AUGGCCACUAACACCACCGACUCCUUUACCAUCCCUACCACGAACCUGGAUCUUGGAUGGACCUGGGUGAAAAGCCACCCGUUGGUAACAUUGCUAGUGAUCGUUUUCACGCAAAUUUACCUUACGAAACGCCGUCAGGGUCUGAAGGACAUACCGGGGCCCUGGCUCGCCAGCUUUUCCAACUUGUGGAAGUUGCAAGCAGUAUGGAAGCAGAACAUGCACAGAGAGAAUCUGCGGGUCCAUGAGGAUUAUGGCGACAUUGUCAGGAUCGGACCCAACCAUGUCUCGCUGGCGGACCCAAAGAGCAUGCGGGCCAUUUACGGCGUUCAGAACGUGUUCCCCAAGUCGGCCUUUUACCCUUUAGCCGAGGCCAUCUACCGCGGCAAAUUUCUCCCAACACUUUUCACUACAAGGAGCAAUGACUACCACAUGAGGCUCAAGCGUGGCUCUGUCAAGGCCUUCUCUAUGGAUACCGUAGUGGGGCUAGAGCCAUAUGUUGACAAGUGUGUAAGCCUUUUGCUACAGCGCCUCCGUGAGGUAUCCAAGGACGGCAAAGUGCCAAUCAACCCGGUAUCGUGGAUGCAUUACUUUGCUUUUGAUGUCCUUGGUGAAGUCAACUUUUCCAAAGACUUGGGAUUCCUGGAGAAGGGAGAAGACCUCGACGGAAUCAUUGCCGCAAUCAGCGGUCUCCUGGUCUAUGUGUCCCUGAUUGGUCAAAUCCCCCUCGCCCACAAGUUUUUGCUGGGCAACCCGUUGAUUCCGAAGCUCUUCCCCAGCAUAGAAAAGACGAACAAGAUCCUGCAGUUUUCCCUCGCACAGGUGCAAGAGCGUCUUAACAAGCCAGUUGAGCGCAAAGACAUCCUGAACCAGCUCCUAGCAUCUCACAAGGCCGACCCCGACGGCCUGACCCUUGAUGAAAUCAUUGCCAUAACUACUACAAACGUCAUUGCCGGAUCGGACACUACAGCAGUUAGUCUGAGUUCUGUCAUCUACUACUUGAGCAAGUACCCCGAAAAAAAGAUCAAGCUUGUCGAUGAAAUCGAUAGCGCAGUGCGUGAGGGGAGAGCCUCCAACCCCAUCACCUACGCGGAGUCUGUCAAGCUGCCUUACUUGACGGCAGUCAUCAAUGAAGCCAUGCGGAUGCAUCCAGCCACGGGUUUCAUUCUUGAACGUGAGGUCCCGAAGGGCGGCAUUACCCUGCACGACGUCCAUCUUAAGGAGGGCACCAUCGUUGGGGUCAACGCGUGGGUCAUUCAUCGAAACAAGGCCAUCUUCGGGGAAGACGUGCACACGUUCCGCCCUGAACGGUGGAUCGAAGGUGACGAGGAGCGAAUUAAGGAGAUGAAGCGAAACCAAUUUUCUUUCGGAUAUGGCCCACGUAGCUGCAUUGGGAAAAGUAUUUCCAUACUGGAAAUGUGGAAGGUUGCUUUCGAGCUUUAUCGCAACUUUGACCUCGAAGUUGUCGGAGAUGGAGAAUGGAAGAUUAAUGGCUCUUGGUUCACCCCCCAGAGUAAGAUCGAAGUAGUUGUCAAUCCUCGAAAUACCGGUGCUCAGUAA